AUGUCAUAUUAUUUGAGAUUUAAGUUAAAAUUAAAAUAUCUUCAUAAUAAUGAUACAUUAACUUUGAGCACCAGAGAAUUAGAAUAUGCUCGCAAUGCAAUAAUCAAAUUAGCACAAAGAGAAGAGUUUAAUAAAAUUAUUCAUGAAUUAGCAAAUAGGGGUAUCACAUGGAAAUUUAUACCUUCCCAUGCUCCACACUUUGGAGGCCUCUGGGAAAGUAAUAUCAAAUCUAUGAAACAUUACUUACAUAGAGUUAUAGGAUCCACAUGUUUGACUUAUGAAGAAUAUUUGACUUUAUUAAUACAGGUGGAAGCCAUAUUAAAUUCCAGACCAUUAAUCUCUUUAAGCGAUGACAGUACCGAUACUAUAUAUUUAAGUCCCAGUCAUUUUUUAAUUGGAGACCUUAUGACUGCCAUCCCUGAACCAAUAAAUGACAAAGUUAUUACCAAUAGAUUAAGCAUACACAAGCAAAUUACAGCAAUGCGAGAUCGGUUUUGGCUUUUGUGGCCAAAGGCCUAUCUCUCAGAACUACAAAAGCGUACAAAAUGGAGUUCAGGCACCAGCAAUCUAGAAGUGGACACAGUAGUACUAAUUCAGGAAAACCAUGUACCACCAAUGAACUGGCCAUUAGGACGAGUAACCCAUGUACAUCCAGGCAAAGAUGGUAAAGUUCGAGUUGCAACUGUGAGGACUAUGAAGGGCUCUUAUAUGCGACCAAUUGUUAAACUAACGCCAUUGGUUAUGAAGGAAGCUUGA